GCCACGGUGGUCGUGCAGGAGGCAGAAGAGGAGUUGGCGGAGGAUCGGCUUCAGCAAAAGCCCUGGUUGCAAAGGCAUCUGCCUACUGGCAGCGGAACAUCAGAAGAUCUGCUGCUCCACUUCAUGCAGGCACUUGAAGAGAGAGGUGUCCAACUCUAUGAGGCCCAAGAGGAGGCCAUCGUGGAGAUAUUCUCCGGUGCCCAUGUUGUGCUGGACACACCGACAGGGAGUGGAAAGUCCUUGGUUGCGGUUGCGGCACUCUUCAAGGCGCUUGCAGAAGGCGGCAAAGCUUACUACACCUCCCCGACGAAGGCGCUGACGAGUGAGAAGUUUUUCGAUCUCUGCCGACACUUUGGGCCUGCUUCCGUGGGCAUGGCUACGGGUGACAUCUCCCUGAACCAGCGAGCGCCCCUGAUCUGCUGCACUGCCGAGGUUUUGGCCAGCAUUUCCUUGCAUGAGGGGCAGGCUUCCGGUAUCACCACCGUGGUGAUGGACGAGUUCCACUACUUCGCCGAUCCCGACCGUGGUUCUGCCUGGGAGGCCUUGCGCAAAGCCGUCGAGGCCGCGAACUUCGCUUCGCCCUUCGGGGCGGAACUCCGAGCGCUGCUCCUGAAGGGCGUCGGAGUGCACCAUGCCGGGCUGUUGCCUCGAUACCGGCGCUUGGUCGAACAAUUGUCACAGGCCUCUUUGUUGGCUCUCGUCUGCGGAACUGACACACUCGGCGUGGGCGUCAACGUCCCAAUUCGGAGUGUCCUCUUCACGAGCAUUGCGGGGCCGUGCAUUCUCAAGCAGUUUGAGCCCAUUUCUGCCUGUUGCGGCCGGCUGUGA